CUGAUUCACCAAAAAAAAAUAGAAAAAAAAAAAUUAACACCAUUCCGUCGCCUAUUGGGCGGAAUCCUCCGGGAGCUCGACACGGAGAGAGAGUGUGGCGUUUUGCUGAAAUCAUAGGCGUGGUUCUGGAUGGAGAUGCUCCGUCUGCUCCCGCUGGGAUCCCCACCUGCCGUCACACCGCAUCUGUCAUCGAGCCAGCUGGUAUUUUCCUGUGCUCGAGCCACUACAGCGUGAAUUUGAUUAGAUUUUUAUUUUUGUCACAGGGGAUAUUGAUUUCCUUUUCUCGUCCGGGGGUGUAGUGUAAUUACAGCGCCGUUAAACGUGCAGGGCGCCCGGUUUUAAUCACCUCCACAGCGGCGGCGGCGGCGGCGGCGCACGGUCUUCUUGGCGGAGAUAAACAAGAGCGGACGGCGCGUCUCUUGGCCUCCAGGCAGCAGCAGCGGUGGAAAAGGAACCACGGCGGAGACCCUGGUACAUGUACAGGGCUGUUUGACGCGCAGGUCGUGACCGCAGCGGUUCGCAAGGAUGGAAAUUACACGCAAGAUGCCCAAAAGAUCGCCGUGGCUCGGCUUCCUCGUAGUGGCGUCUCUUUUACUUGUAGUGGACAGCAAGAGAGCCAGGCAGCCCCGCUGUCCCUCAUCAUGUACAUGUACCAAAGAUAACGCGUUGUGUGAAAGCGCAGGACUGAUCCCUCGCAGCUUCCCCCCCGAUGUCAUAUCACUAUCAUUCGUCAAGUCUGAAUUCACUGAAAUCCCGAAAGAGAGCUUCAUCCACACGCCUGCCCUGCAUCUCCUCCUCUUCACAGCCAACAACCUGGAAUCUAUAAACGAGGAUGCUUUCCUUGGUCUUCCUCAUCUGGAGUAUCUGUUCAUCGAAAACAACCAAAUCAAGUCGAUUUCACCAAAUGCUUUCCGUGGACUGAAAACCUUAGUGCAUCUGAGUCUGGCCUACAAUAAUCUGGAGACUCUGCCCAAAGAUUUAUUCAAGGGUCUUGAGGCCUUGACGAAAGUAGACCUGCGAGGGAACCAGUUCACCUGUGACUGUAAGCUGAAGUGGUUGGUGGAGUGGAUAUACAGCACCAAUGCUACAGUGGAUCAGAUUUACUGUAAAGGCCCGGCCUUACAGCUGGACAAGAAGAUCAACGAUCUAGUGCCACAGUCCUUCGACUGCAUCACUACAGAGUUUGCUUCCUACCAGUCCCUGAAGUUUGAAUCCAUAUCGGUAGAGGCAUUUUCCUUUGGGGAUGACCAGUAUGUGGUGUUUGCCCAGCCCUUCAUUGGGAAAUGCAGCUUUCUAGAGUGGGAUCAUGUGGAGAUGGUCUUCAGAAACUACGAUGAUAUUGACAGCACAUCCACAGUGAUUUGCAAACCUCUGGUCAUUGACAACCAGCUCUUUAUCAUUGUGGCUCAGCUGUUUGGCGGCUCACACAUCUAUAAGCGAGACACCUCUGCCAACAAAUUUAUCAAGCUCCAAGGCAUUGACAUCCUCAAAACCCGCAAACCAAACGAUGUGGAGACGUUCCGCAUCGAUGGAGAAUCCUUCUUCGUAAUAGCAGACAGCUCCAAGGCCGGUUCCACCACCAUCUACAAGUGGAACGGCAAUGGCUUCUACACUCAUCAAUCACUCCACCUGUGGUACCGGGACACUGAUGUGGAGUACAUGGAGAUCUCCUCCAAACCUCACCUGAUCCUGUCAAGCAGCUCCCAGAGGCCGGUCAUCUACCAGUGGAACAAAAGCUCCAAGCUCUUUGACAGACGCACCGACAUCCCAGAGAUGGAGGACGUCUACGCUGUGAAGCAUUUUCAGGUCAAAUCCGACCUCUUCAUCUGUCUAACGCGCUUCAUUGGCGACUCCAAAGUGAUGCGCUGGGACGGAGCCCUCUUCAGAGAGUUGCAGACCAUGCCCUCUCGUGGCUCCAUGGUGUUUCAACCCUUUACUGUGGGAAGCUGGCAGUACGCCAUCCUGGGCAGCGAUUACUCUUUCACCCAGGUGUACCGCUGGGAUGCCAAGAAGGGUGAGUUUGUUCAUUUCCAGGAGGUGAACAUCCAGGCGCCAAGGGCCUUCUCUCCAGUCUCCAUAGACAACCGGCAGUUCCUGCUGGCCUCAAGUUUCAAAGGGAAAACUCAGAUUUAUGAGCACCUGGUCAUUGAUUUGAGCAACUGAGUGAUUGUUUUCUUGACUGAUUGGCUGAUUGUUUGAGUGGUUUGAGAUGUUUAGAGAUGGCUGUUGCAACAGAUCCAGUGCUGAACAGGAUUAUCAGUUGAUCCUAACUUGAGCAAGGCAUGCAUUACCCUUUCCUUUUUUAAAAUCUUCCAUUGAAAUUAGUGCAUGAUACAUGAUCUCAACCAAAUAUAUUUGGCUGAGAUGCAUGUUGAGUUCAGUGAACGCCUCUCAAGUUAGGACUAGACCCAAUAUGUUGUCAAGACAUUAAUGCAUGACCAGGGCCUCACAUGGCCGUCUCAUCCUGAUAAAUGCCGCAUCCAUUCUCAUUAAUCCAUUAAAUCUUGCAUUGGCCAGUAAGUAAUUUUUUUUUGUGUUCAGCUUUUUCAUGUGACUCUGCAUUGUUUUUACAUUUGUAAUCUCAUAUAUUUAUCUACAGAAAAUAAUAUUGAAACAGUACUUUUUAACCUAUUAACAUGUUUAACUGAACAAAUCUGCCAAAACGAAAUGUUUACAAAUUUUUCUGUCUUUCCACUUGUACGCUAAAAGAUUUGUAAAUGAGGUUUUUGUAAGUUUAAGAGGGACCACACCAGUUAGAUACAUAUUUGUUAAGGAGAAUGAUUUGAAAUUAUGUUUAUAAUUUGGGAAAUAUCAACAGAAAUGUUGUGUGAGAAUCUACCUGUAAAUCCUUGUGAAUUACAUUUUUAUCGUUAAUGGUUUAUAAUGUUUAAAGUAUUGAAAAUACAGUUUUUCAUAAGACGUAUGGAAAACAUUUUGGGAAAACUUGGAACUAUUUUCACACACUUAAAGGAACUGAAAUGAAAAACUGAGGAUAUUGUUCAUAAUGCUUUACCUUUGACUAACAUGUAUGCAAAAUACAUCAAUUGUGUCAUGA